CUGAGUCUCACAGAGAACAGUUCUCUGGUUAUAAAGAAGGUCACAGUUGAGGAUGCUGGUUAUUACACCUGCAGACACUUUGACAGAUCAGGACGACAACAAGGUCCAGAUACAGACAUUGAUCUGUUUGUUGUUUCCAUGACUGAACAUGAGGACGAUGAUAAGAUCAUCUUGACCUGCUCUGUGUUGACAUAUGGAGACUGUAGAUACACAGUAGAGUGGCUGAAGGAUGAUUUCACAGUAAUGGAGACAUCACAUCAUUACUGUUCAGCCUCUGUGAACAUUAAAACAUCUCACCUGACUGAUCAGUAUUACAAAUUAUUGCAGUGUAAAGUGACAGAUAUUGACAGUAAAAUAGUUCAGGUGUUUAACUUCAGCCUUCAGACCUCAAAGGAGAAAACAGGGGAGGGUGGAAGUGGAGUGAGACCAACAAUCAAACCAGGGACAUCAGAAGAAACAAACAACACAACAUCAUCUCCAGAUAACAAUAAUACACCAGAUAGUUUGUUGUGGCUGUACAUCGUUUUGGCUCUGGGUUUAGCAGCACUCAUAACUGUUGUCCUCAUCAGAUGGAAGAAAACCAAAGGGAACAAAACACAGAUGGAUGGAAACAUGGGACUGACCUUAAACCCUGCAGAGACUCUGUCUGAUCCACAAACCUUUCAGGACACGACUGAUCCUGAACAUGGUGUUUCCUACGCCUCCAUCAGCUACACCAAGAAGACCAAGAGUAAAGCUCGGGUUCAGGGUGAUGAUGGUGAAGGUGGUGCAGUGACCUACAGCACUGUGAAAGCCUCCUCCUCUUCUGCUGGAGCCUCCAUUGAUCCCAGCAACCUCUAUGCUACCAUCAAGUAACCAAACAAAUAACAUGCUAAUUAGUAAAUGCAACAUGUUAUUUUUAUAACAACUGCAUGAUUGUUUAGCUCAUAGAUUUAAAAUGUUAAGAGUUAUGAUGAGGAUGAUCUUAAUAGUUUCUCAUAUGGUUUAAUAAUUGGCUGAUAACUGAUGUCCAUUACAGUGGACACAGGGUCUGAAUCUUAUUCAGUGUUUAACAGUAUCAGCUGUAUGACACAUGAAGUCAUUGGAGAGUUGAGGCGCCAUCUAGAGGUGAACAGGCAUACUGAGUAUAAACUGUAAUACUGUGUCACCUCAUGGGCAGAGUAAAGUUUUUUUUCAUCAGUUCUUUUUUUUUUUGGUUCAUUUAACUGAAUAUAGCUUUCUGUUCACUAUAUUUACAUAGUUUAACAUAUUUUGAAUAAGAAUUAUAUUUUUGUUUUUAGUGUUUUAAGUGUGUAUUGGUUGGUGGUAGCUAAUGAAGGCUGAAGUCACAUGACCAUAAACCCAGUCCAUCCUUAUGAGAGCCCCAUUGGCUGAGGUGUUGGUGGAUGCAUGUGAUUGGUUGUUUUGUUUAUUUUUUCUGUUUAAUAUCUCUCUUAUUUAAACAUCAUCUGUAGGAUAUUUUAUGAUGACUUUGAUGAGGAACACAAGCUGGAAAGCGCUAACAAUAAAGUUGUUCUAUAAACUACAA